UUUUUAUUAGGGUUAAUAUUAAAUAAAAUAGAUAUGCCGCAUAAAUCUUUUGUCGUAUUAUGGUGCUGUGUCGUGAUCAUACCUGCAGUUUUAGGUGACAUACCGAACGUAUACGAGUUUUGUUCUGCUCUAAUGACUGACAAAACUGCAUCGAGUCAUAGCUGUGCUGAUCAGUGCCAGGGAAGGCCUGGAAAGCGAGGGCCAGAGGGUAGGAGGGGUCUGCCUGGUGUAAAAGGUGACAGAGGCGAAGAGGGGACAACGGAAAGCCUGGAAGAUAAAAUAAGAUUGUUAGAAGAAAAAAUGAAGAAAACCGUUGACAUUAUUCCAAAACUAUCAUACUGUGGAUUGGGAAUGAAGAACAGGGAUAUUCCAGAUCAUGCGAUUACUGCAUCAUCUGUUUAUGAUUACCGACAUGCCGCUCAUCAUGGACGAAUGGAUGAAAAUGCUGUUUUCCAUACAGCUUCAACUGGAUUUAGUAUAGGUGCUUGGUGCCCCACACACGAUACAAAUCAUCCGUGGAUUCAGGUUGAUUUUCAACGUCCGAGAUUUAUAGGUGGAAUAGUAACUCAGGGACGCCCAAUUAAAUAUGGAUGGGACCACAAUCAGUGGGUAAAAACAUACAAAGUAGCGUGUGGGAAUUCAACUUCUACUCUGAGAACUAUAACGGAUAAUUCUGUCGACAAAGUCUUUGUAGGAAACACGGAUGAGGAUUCUAAAGUGAUUAACAUGUUUCCCAAACCUCUGAUUUGUCGCCUUAUUCGUUUGUACCCAUUAUCAUGGAAUAUUCACCCAUGCAUGAGAAUGGAAGUAAUUCGAGGCGAAUGUCACGACAUGUUCUAAGAAUCCAUGCUAUUCGACAUUGAAUAGGCUUACAAACGACCGGGAAAAGCCUUUACAGGAUUUACAAAAUUUUACUGAAAGAUAAAGCCAACUUUUGACUCAUUAUCAAACAUUAAAUCGACCAGUUGCUUCUCUUUUUCACUGUUGAUCCGCGUUUUAAAUUUUCAGUUUCAGCAGCAAUCAGAAUCAGUACAGUAGAUAGAAUAUAAGGUUUAAUUUUGUAAAUUUUUCCAAUCUGUAUAAUUAUACUAAUUCAGAUGUUGCUAAAGUACGAGGAAAAAUGGUGACAAUUGACUUUCGUAUUCGUGUGCAUGAGCAUUUCUGUCUUUCCCACUUUGACCCGAACUUAGUUUACUACACUAAACCUUGAUAACUUCACUAACUACACUGUUUAUUUGGAAUUUGAAAAGUUUUAUAUGCUUCUCAACUUUAGACGUCACUCAUUGGGUUACGUUUGUCUUAUUGUGACAUAGCCAAAGGAAGGCUAUCUUUCCAAUGAAGUGGACUACGAUUCUCUAGGAGUGCCGUGAAUAUAAUUACCUAUGG